GUUCCCCACUUCCCCAGGGCAGGCAACGGUGUCUUGGGAAAACGCCAUCACUCCAAAUGCCCCCCGUUCCUCCUUCUCCCCCAGGUAUGUGCUGAGCAUGAGGCCGCAUGGUCUGGGAUAUCCCUUGGGUCAGCUGGGGUCAGCUGUCCUGGCUGUGUCCCCUCCCAGCUCCUUGUGCACACCCCGCCUCUCGCUGCUGGGCUGGGGUGAGGAGCAGAGAAGGCCUUGGCUCCGGGUAAACCCUGCUCAGCAGUAACAAAAACAUCUCUGAGCUAUCAGCACUGCUUCCAGCACAAAUCCAAACUACAGCCCCAUACCCGCUAUUGUGAAGGAAACCGAUUCUAUCGCUGUCAGAAACAGCACUGCAUUUUCUGUUUCCCCAGAGAGUGUUAUUUUCUACGUUUCUUUAACAGCUUUUGGAAAUAAAUAAUCUCUCCACCGUCGUGUAAAACAGGCUGCCUGGGCUCUGUUUCUCGAGCUUCUCCUCAUUUGUGAUGUCAUAUAAUCCACCUGUGUGGGGAGGCUGCUGAAGAAAGAGAUACGGGAGAAAACCCAGAGAAAGAAAGUUAACAUUGUUAUCACGGCCGCACUGCGAACCUGCUGUUCCGGACCUUUCCCAGCCUGUGCAGCAAGAACCGUGCGAGCUCCAGGCGCUUGUCAAAAACCUUGUCCCGCGCCCGGCCUUUGGAGGCGCAGGAGCUCCGGGAGCCGCCGGGCUCUGCGCUCCCCGGAGUCCCGCGGGGCCGCCCCGGCGGGCGGAGCCGGGUGCGCGGGGCCGGGCCAGGCGGCUCCGAGCCCGCCGCCGCCAUGCCCAAGGUGGUGUCGCGGUCCGUCGUGUGCUCCGACACCCGUGACCGCGAGGAGUACGACGAUGGGGAGAAGCCGCUGCACGUCUACUACUGCCUGUGCGGGCAGAUGGUGCUGGUGCUCGAUUGCCAGCUGGAGAAACUGCCCAUGCGGCCGCGGGACCGCGCCCGCGUGAUGGACGCCGCCAAGCACGCCCACAAGUUCUGCAACGCCGAGGAGGAGGAGAGCGUCUUCCUGCGCAGACCCGAAGGCAUAGAGCGGCAGUUCAGGAAGAAGUGUGGCAAGUGUGGACUGCUGCUCUUUUAUCAACACCAACAGAAAAAUGCUCCUGUGACAUUCAUUGUUGAUGGGGCUGUGGUCAAAUUUGGCCAGGGUUUUGGGAAAACAAACAUAUAUACUCAGAAACAAGAACCUCCCAAAAAGGUGAUGAUGACCAAACGGACCAAAGACAUGGGCAAGUUCAGUUCUGUCACAGUCUCCACAAUUGAUGAAGAGGAGGAAGAAAUUGAAGCGAGGGAGAUUGCAGACUCAUAUGCACAGAAUGCAAAAGUGAUUGAGAAACAGCUGGAACGCAAAGGCAUGAGUAAGAAAAGGCUACAAGAAUUGGCUGAGUUGGAAGCCAAGAAGGCCAAGAUGAAGGGAACCCUGAUUGAUAACCAAUUCAAAUGAAAUGCUGUGUAUCUGCUGAGAAUUUGGAGACAGGAGAAGACUACCAAGAGCUAUUACAGUCCUGUCAACAAAGCAGAAGUAACAGACAAUGUUCAAGAGUUACACUGUGCUGCAGCCAGCUUGGAGGAUGAGAACCUCUCUGUAUUCCUCUGUAUAAGUGAUAUUCUGGGUACCAGUCUUAACUCCAAUGGCACUGGAGACUUUGCACAAACUGCAGUUCUCUACAGACCCAGUGUUAUGAGCAGGCUGUUCCAGGUAGAAUAUUUACUUUGCUGGGUGUCUUCCCAAGUUCACCUUUACAUACCUGUCUUUUAAUUUUGGAGUUUUUUAAAGUGGUUCCUUGAAUAUACUGGAACGACGGGUAACUGUACAACAGAGAAAUCCUUACAAAAGUAAGCUCUAUGUCUGUUGUUCAUUUUACUAUUUUAAAUGUGUCCAAAAGGUGCAGCAGCCUGAGCCAUGCCAUUCCAACACAGUCUGGAACAACGGAGAUGCAAGGCUUGGGCAUGGUGCUGCUGCUCACCCUGUCCUGCCAGAGGCAGCCAGCACUGCAGCCUCAACUCCUGCUGAACAUCACAAGGCUGCAGUUGUACAGAAUUACAUGGUCACAACAGUCACAUAAAAGAAUAAAAAACUCCAAGCCUGUUUUAAACUACUGUAAAUAAAAACUGCUACUAAUGA